AUGAGUGCCCAAAAAGUUCCAAAGUGGUAUCCAGCUGAAGACGUUCCAGUUGCAAAGCAGUCCAGAAAGGCCCUGCGUCCUCAGAAGUUGCGCGCUUCUCUGGUUCCAGGUACCGUUUUGAUCUUGUUGGCCGGUCGUUUCAGAGGCAAGAGAGUUGUCUACUUGAAGCACUUGGAGGACAACACCUUGUUGGUCUCCGGUCCAUUCAAGGUCAACGGUGUUCCAUUGAGAAGAGUCAACGCUCGUUACGUCAUUGCCACAUCCACCAAAAUCGCCUUGGAGGGUGUCGACGUUGAGAAGUACAACGUCGCUUACUUCGCCAGAGAAAAGGUUACCAGAAAGCAAAAGGCUGAGGCUGGUUUCUUCGGCGAGCAGGCCAAGAAGGAGAUCCAGUCCGAGCGUGUCGAGGACCAAAAGGUUGUUGACAAGGCUUUGUUGGCUCAGAUCAAGAAGACCCCAUUGUUGAAGCAGUACUUGGCUUCCUCUUUCUCCUUGAAGAGCGGUGACAAGCCACACUUGUUGAAAUUCUAA